AUGCCUACAGGCGGAGCAGCUGUGGUGGCUGAAUUUCGGGGAGACUGGAAAUUCCAGAGAGAGUUCUUCAAUCUCACAGCCCAUUACGGUGCAAACCAGCUAUGCAACUUCUGCCGAGCGAAGAAAACUGGACCUGAGUCGUUUGGUAUGGACCUUACAAAGCAGUACCAGCGACGCAGCCGGCAGGACAUUCUGGACAAUGCCAUGGGCUCAUUGAAGAAUCCACUAAGCGAGCUUUCUUGGUUCGAUGCUCGCUGGCAGCUGAAACCGUGCACGAUGCACAUCGUGAAUCUUGGAAUUCUGCAAGUGCACAACGGCUCGUGCUUGCAGCUGCUCAUCGAGCAGAACUUCUUCGGGACUCUGGAUGUGCACGCCGCUCUCCACGAGGCUUCGCUGAGGUUCAAGAGGUUCGCUUCAGCAGCUGGAAUGCGGCACAGUGUCGGCAUCAUUACUCCUGGGAUGAUGCACGAUACUGCUCUGGGUGCCUUUCCGUGCCUAACGCUGAAGGCAUACAAUGGACGGAUCUUCCUAUCUUUCGUUCAUGUAUGCUUGCGAACCUUGUGUGCUGGGACAACCACUCGCGAAGUGCAGCUUGCAUCCGCAGCUAGCCAAUCACUGGUGCAAUGGUUUCAAACACAGGAGUCAUCGAACAGACGAUUCGUGGAAGCUGCUGCAGCACGUCGGCUGAUGGAGUGCACAGACACGUUUCUCAGACUCACGUCUGGAUUGGCUCGUCUUGCUCUUCAAGCUGCGACGCUCAGAUGGAAACUGCUGCCCAAACAUCAUGCCGCCAGAGUGCAAAUCCGCUCCGUAUUUUUCCAAACAGCAGGUACUUUUUUUGUAGUUAAACAACAUGUUUUGCUCGAUGAGGCAAACGAUUAA